UGGGAAUCUAUCUCUUUGCGGAUGGGGGGAUGCAUGCUGGACACUACGAGAAAGGGCGUCGGAACGGUGAUGGCUGGAUGCUUAUGCCGGAUGGGUCGACGUAUGAAGGCAACUUCCUGAAAGACAAGCUGAGUGGACCGGGGACUUACUCAUACCUCAACAGCGACAAGUACGAAGGUGAAUGGUUAAAAGGAAAGAAGCAUGGACUAGGAACAUAUACAUAUGCUGACGGUGGGCAGCUUGUGGCGCAAUGGAAGAAAGGACGGCUAGAUGGACCAUGCGAGUGGAGAAGGAACACCUAUGGAAGAAUGGAGGGCAACUUCGUAAAGGGUGUUCCGGAUGGCAAUGCGACCUUCCAUUUCCCGGGAAUGGCAAUGAGUCAGACCGGCAAGUACAGUACGGACGCGGCAAUUGUAGAGGAGGAGGGACGGCCGACAAACCCAUAUUGGAGGGGACUACAAUGGAAAUCCGACGGCGACACAUUCGGACAGAAGUUCGAGGAAGGUAAACCUGCCAUUGUUGUGCGCGAGAGGGACACUAUGCCUGGUUUAGAGGCCAAGCUUUCGAUACAAGACCAGAAGAACAUCGUCGAUGCAUGGCACAGACAUGUGCGGACGAGAGGGAAGAAUGUUCACUUGUAGUUUGCCUCCAAGACUGUACCAUAAACUUUAAGGUACAAUUACUUCCAAUCCCAGACCAAGACCAUCUGGCCCGGGACCGAUCGCAGAACCCGAGCAACAUCUUGGUUAUGGAUGGAGUGAUCCCUGGUCCUGAACCAUGUCCAGAUCCUGGACCGGGUGCCUUGUCCUUGACCGGUCAGAGCCUUGGACCAAAAAAUCCUGGUUCUGAAUGAAGACAUGCUUCUGGA